AUGAAUAUGUUCUUUAAAUCCCCAAUCGAUGUUGAGAUUCUAUUAGAUGGGGAAGAAUCACGGAAGCAUGUCGACGUACCAAUAACAACAGGUUCUGCUAAUUCAUUACGAAAGGAAUCACUUCCAUUGAUAGAAGAUGGAGAAUCGUUAAAAGGGAUUGUGACCCUUCGUGUUAGGGAAGGAAAGAGAGUGGAGCAUUUGGGUGUAAAAAUAUCUGUGGUAGGAUCCAUUGAUAUGCAAAAAGUUGGUGGUGUAACACCAAGCUCCGCAUCGAAAGGUUCAUCUGCAUCCUCUAAUGCUUCGAAUUACAGUGCUACUGAUUCCAAGAAAAGACAAGUAGAUCAGUUUUUGUAUUUAAGUUAUGAUCUGUGUCCUCCAGGUGAAUUACAACAUUCUCAGAGCUUCCCUUUUACUUUUAAAGAUUUGGCUAAGAUGUAUGAAUCAUAUAAAGGGAAAAACGUCGAUGUCUCAUAUUAUAUUAAAGUCACUGUAACCAGAAAAUCUACAGAUAUUUCUAAAGUCAAAAGAUUCUGGGUAUAUUUAUACAAUGACAUCUCGAAGACUCCUAGUAACUUAACAACUACUAAAACGGGUACUAGAAAGAUCAUAAAUGAGUUUAGUGAUAGUGGAAAAGAUAAUAAUGAUAAACCAAAAGAAACAAAUAGUGCAUCUGAAACUAAUGAAAACAAUAACGAACAAUCUAAAGAUACGGUAGCAUCUAAAGAAAAUGGAGUUGUUCCAAAGCCAGUGAAAUUAGAUAUUGGUAUUGAUAAUUGUUUGCAUAUAGAAUUUGAGUAUGUAAAAUCUCAAUAUACUUUGAAGGAUGUGAUAGUAGGGAGGAUAUACUUUUUAUUGACGAGGCUUCGAGUGAAGUAUAUGGAGCUCAGUUUAAUAACUAGAGAAUCAUCGGGUGUAAAACAAAACAGUGUGAUUAUAGAUACUACAUCAAUUAGAUUUGAAAUAAUGGAUGGGUCUCCAGUGAAGGGAGAAACGAUACCUAUCCGUUUAUUCCUAGGAGGCUAUGACUUGACUCCUAAUAUGAGUUGUAAUUAUUUUACUGUCAAGAACUAUUUAAGUCUUGUGAUAAUCGAUGAGGAUGGGAGACGAUACUUUAAACAAUCAGAGAUAGUUCUGUACCGUACUAGAUAA